AUGGGACAUUGCUGCAGGCACGCUCCGCCCUGCCAUCUUCUCUGCCUGUUUGUCCUUGCACAGCUGCUCCCCUGGGUGUCCACAGAGGAGUUCCUGGUGUUUGGUCCCUCGGGCCCCGUUGUGGCUGCACCAGGUGGGGAAGCCAUGCUGCCCUGCUCCGUGUUUCCAGCCAUGAGUGUGGAGAACAUGGAUCUCAGGUGGUUCCGCACCAGAUUCUCAGAAGCCGUGUUUGUCUAUCGGGACCGGCGGGAGCAGAAGGAAGAGCAGAUGGCGGAGUUCUCAGGGCGGACGUCGCUGGUGAAGGACCAGUUCCACCAGGGCCAGGCUGCUGUGCGCAUCCACAACGUUCAGGCGACAGACAGCGGGAUAUACAUCUGCCACUUCAGACAGGGACUCUUCUAUGAAGAAGCCAUUGUGGAACUGAAGGUGGCAGCGACGGGCUCUGUCCCUGAAGUGUACAUCCAAGGUCCACAAGAUGAUGGCGUGUGUGUGGUGUGCGUGUCUUCAGGGUGGUACCCGAAGCCCCAGGUGCAGUGGAGACACCACAGAGGGAGGAAUCUCCCAGCAUCCUCUGAGACCCACACUGAAGAUGCUGAAGGGCUGUUCAGCGUGGAGACCUCCCUGGUGGUGAGAGACAGCUCCCUGAGGAAUGUGACCUGCUCCAUCUUCAGUCCCUCCUUGGGCCAGGAGAAGGCCAUGGCCAUAGUCAUCCCAGAGCCCUUCUUCCCUCAGGCCUCUCCCUGGAUGCCAGCGUUUCUCGUGACCCUGAGCGUGAUGGCACUCCUAGUCCUAGGGACAAGCUGUUUUCUCAGAAGAGAACAUUCUGCAAGGCUGCAGGUGCAGAGGGAACUCAAGAGUCUUCCAUAUGAGAAGGAGAGGUUCCUGAGGAGAAAGGAGGAUGCGCUGAGCAUCACCAAUCAGAGGAAGAGAGCUUACAUGGCUGCCUGGAGGACGGCCCAGCUAUACGCAGAUUGGCGCAAGGAGCUCUUCCAGGCCUGCUCUGUCACUCUGGAUGCAGACUCUGCCCACCCCAUCCUUGCCAUCUCUCAGGACAGGAUGAGUGUGACCUGGAAGGAAACGACCAUGUGGUUGGAUGACCUCUUCUGUGUGUUGGGCAAGGAAGGCAUCUCGUCAGGACGCUGUUACUGGGAGGUGGAGAUAAGGAACGGACACAGCAGCAAGUGGGUUCUGGGGGUCUGUAGGGAAGAUGUGAAGAGGAAAGGUGUGUAUGUUGAGAGUCCAGCCAAGGGCUUUUGGACUGUGGGGCGGUCUAGUGGUGGAUAUUGGGCCUAUGAAGACACUGGGAGGGAGACAUUAUCCUUGAGGCAAGCGCCUCAGAGUGUGGGGGUGUUUGUGGACUACAGUGAGGGUGACAUCUCCUUCUACAACAUGAGUGACAAGUCCCACAUCUUCUCCUUCUGUGAUGCUUCCUUCUCUGGGAGGCUUUUUCCAUACUUCCGGCUCAAGUCCAGAAAUGUUUCAAUGAUUGUCAGGUCCUCGGAAUGUGAAGAGGAGGAAGAGGGAAGGAGAAGGAGGAAAAAAGGGAGAAGGGGGAGGAGAGGAAGGAAGAGAGGGGAAAAGUCGGUGAAGAGGUCAUUUUUGCCUUCUUUGGAGAAGUCUGGGAGUCCCUCAGGGGAGGGCCUGGGUCCAGGCUCUUGUGUUGUGGACUCUCUUCCUGGAGAAAAAUCUCCUUUCCUCCUCAACGCCCCCUUUUCCCAAAGUGUAAUCACUGCCUCUAGGUUGUCAGUAUGA